AUUCGUACACGUCACCAACCAGGAAAUGAGUACAUCCACGGAGAGGAGGGGCGAAAGAAUCACAACAGAGCCUUUGACCGUUCGCGUUUCUUGCCGCUAAAACAACAACGCCGUUCUUCUUUUAUUGACGAGAGCAAAUAUGUCACGGAAACUCAAAGAAGACUAUUAUCGGUUCUUCUCCGUUACCGACCCACGCACACACGAGAAGGGCCACACCGAAUACAAAGUAACGGCGAGGUUUGUGUCCAAGCGUCACCCAGAAGAUGUGAAGGAGGUGGUUUUGUGGAGGAGGUUCUCAGAGCUGAAGAAGCUCCAUGGGGAGUUGGCCUACACGCACAGGAACCUGUUCAGAAGAGAGGAGGAGUUUCCACCUUUUCCCCGAGCACAACUUUUUGGAAGGUUUGAUGGGGCUGUGAUAGAGGAAAGGAGAAAAGCAGCAGAGGCCAUGCUUCAGUUUACUACCAGCAUUCCUGCUCUGUAUAACAGCCCACAGCUGAAGGAGUUCUUCAGAGGUGGUGAGGUAACAAGGCCUCUGGAUGCCACACCUCUCUCUUCUGCGGGGCCUCUGCCUCCUCCUCUCAUCCCCCUCCCCAAGCGCAGGGCAUCAGACUGUGAGCCUGCUGAGGAAGAGGAGGGCAGGGAGGCUCCCACCUUGCCCCAGGAUCUGGGCAAUAACCUGAGCUUAGAAGUGGGAGAACCAGAAGUGGCAGCUGAAGCCUACAGUGAGAUCGGAGGAUCUCCAACAGAAGAAGAGCAAGAGGAGCUUAGCGACACAGAGCUGGAUGACCGAGUCCCAUCUCCAUUCACGGACCCCGAAUCAAAAGAGACCCAGGAAGAAUUCGACUCACUGUUUGACUCUGUGGCUGAAGGAGUCCCAUCCCCAAAGGAAGAAGUUCCUCCUCCACUAUCUGAUAAUGACUUGGCUGUUUUUGAUCCCUGCUAUAAACAAGAUAGAUCCAAUUCUUCCACCGACCACUCAGAGUUACUCUCACUACCAUCAAACAGUGUGGACGGAGAGGACGGGGGUUACUUAAACCAAGCUGCCAAGGAGCUGACAGCUGCCAUGGAGAGGGAGAAGGAGGGAGAAAUUAGUUCUGCCAUUUGUGGAUACAGGAUGGCAGUGGAUAUUCUGAUCACUGGAGUACAAGGAGACACGGAUCCAGUACGCAGGGAGUCUGUGAUGCGAAGGACGGCACAGUACCUGAAGCACGCUGAGAUGUUGGUCGAAAGGCACUCCUCACCCUCUCACACUCACACACCUGCACAUGCACAGGACCACUAGAUGCACACGUGUGUAUUGACGCACAAUGUACAAUAUAUGAGGAAAGAUGGAACACAAUGGAGCUCAGGGUCGUGGCAUACACUGGCAUGUCAUGCAAAGGCAUACUGACGAAAAGUACAGAUAAACAGUUUCACGGAUACAUGCACAUACGGACAUUUGGACCGUGGCAUUCCCAAAUACAAACACAUCCAGGUGGAAAUGCACAAACAUACAGACCCACACGCCUGAGGUACACACUACAGCACAAACUGGAUCUUUAGUUGCCUUUGUUUUGAAAAACUUGUGACUCACAAAAUCUACAUAUACAGAAACUGAACGUAGCUGUUAACUUAUUGGAUUAAUGCAUCUCUUCUUCUUUUUGUCUUUCCUUUACAUUGUCCUCUUCUUGAGCACAAUAAUGUAUAAGUGUAUCAGUGAUUUACCUUUU